UUUCAGUUUCUGUUGAUUUGCAAUUUGUGUUCAGAACAUCACCAAACGAAACGAGAGAACUUCAAAGACUCUGGAGUGUCCUGAGAUUGAACACAGAGCGAUUACUGAUGACAAUGCAGGAGGAGGCAAUUGUUUAGACGACCCUCCUUCAUGAUGCUUCUGAGGUGAUGAAAAAGUGCAGACAAUAGCGAUUGUCAUGUCAGGAUCAAGAGUUUCAUAUCCCCGUUCAAAAACCAUGCCUUGUAAUGUUGCUGGUUCCGCAAUUGCACAGGGACCCAACGUUGGUCGAAUUGACCGGUGGCCACAGUGGAAACCAACUUCUAUUGAGACCAAGUGGUUACUCCUCUCAGGUGCUUCAAAUCCUCCAAGCGGCAUUGACAUUUCCGAUAGAAGGACCAGAGACACUCCUGGAGCCAAAGGCGGGACAUUUCUUUCUGGUGUUGCUCAUGAUUUAGCCAACAUGGAAGCUGCAGUUGGAAUUAAUUUGUUCAACACUGUGAAAGAUCUUUAUCUAACCAAGUCCGCAGCCUCUGGUCAUAUCAGGAGCAUUUUUGAUACAUGCAGACGUAACCAGGUUAAACCUAUCCUGUACUACACUGGGCAUGGAGAAAUUGGGACUGGAAACUGGUGUUUUGCUGAUGGGACAAUCAGUAUUCAAGAAAUUUUUGAUAUGCGUCCUGAAGGAGCUUACACCCCAAUGAUCUUCAGUGAUGCUUGCUACAGCGGCCAUUGGGCCAACUUCUGCCUAGAAAAGAACAUUACCGGUUUCCACUGCCUGGCAGCAUGCCUGGAGUAUUCUAAAGCUUUUGAUACGAAAGGCGAAGGUGGAGAUUUGACUUUGUUCAUGACUGGAAAAAAACUACGUCCUAGAACUGAACCUUUGUACAGUGGAGGGAACAGGAGAGAUUUUCCGAUUACUACUGGAUAUGACGCCGUUGACAGCUUUGAUUUUAUCAAAAGCCAUGUGUCCAAAUCUCAAAACAUUUUGGUCUGCCAAAGUUUCUAUAAUGGACGCUUCAGUGGGUGUUUUGCUUCUUCAAAAAGGUACAGCCCUAGGCUGGUCGCUUUCUGGGCGAUUCUAAAGGACUAUGACUCUUUUCUUAAAUUGGUCAAAGAAAGUGAGGAUCGGGUAAAUGGAAAUUCAAAACAAAUAUAUUCGCUUGCAUGUGAUGAGAAUUUAGGAUUUGCAGUAUUUCGCAUGGGCAAAUAUGGCACAGCUCAAGCAAUUGUUACGAACUUACCUGAUAUAGACAAGAAAUGGGAAGAUAGCUUUGAGAUCACUUCAUGUGCCGCCCGGGGUUCAACAUUCUACAUUGUUAUGACAAAGGGCACAGAGGAAUACAGGGACAAACAACAAAAGUGGUUCACUUGUAAUACAUGGAACGAGAUGUGCGAUGAAAUAAAUGAGCAGAUCAAAGUAGGAUACACUGUGACAGGGAUAUGUUAUUGCACUGGACUGAGGCAGUAUUUUGUUGUCACGACAAAGAUACCUGAGGUCAAGAGCAGCCACUAUUUUGAUGACACAACUGCAGUUCUCAACUGGAUGGAUGAGCAACAUCUUGUGGGAUAUCAUCCAACAGUCAUCUUCACUGAUUCAACUCUUAAUAAAACUCUAGUUGUGAUGACUACAGAUGAAGAUAGGUCAAGCUAUCAGUAUACAUUUGGCUAUAAGUUUAAGUUACCUUCCUGAAUUUAAAAAGUACUUCUAAGUACUUUUUCAAGUGUAAUUUUUAACUGAGGUGUUUGAAGAACAAAAAUGAUAUGUUUCCGCACUCAAAGCUCAAAUCUCGGUUUCCUUUUGAUCGCCUGCGGGAGAACAAGACCCCCUUAAACUGCUAUUAAUUACUGACUGGCAUCUGUUGGUUCUCGAACGGUACGAGCCGUGGACCACCCGGGAAGAACCAUAACAUUCUUACAUGACAAAGAAUGAUCAACCAAUAAUGUAAAACAAGGUAGGUAAUUGCCAACAGGCAAUUAAACAAGAAUUGCCCUUCACUUAAAUUUACAGAGAAAUUUUAGCCAAGGAUAAGAAGAAAACCAAACAUGUUUAUAAAACAGUAACGCUUUUUAACGUUUGUAUCGCCUUCCGUUAUGAGGGGAGAAUUUGCCGAUUUUCUUAACCAUGAAAAAUAAUCAUGGUAACCACCUGUCGAUCUGUAUUAUCGUGCCGAACGCCUUGUAGUGAGAACUACCAGAAGUUGUAAGUAGUUAGAAUAACUGACUUGUUUAUGAUGGAAUAGCCUAGGACAACAAUGAGCUCAUUGACAGCCAAUAGGGGUUUUGAAUUUCUAAACGAAACAUAAGAUCAUUUGUUUGGAGCCUAGCAUAAAUACUGGUGUUUUGUAAAUUGUUC